CCAACAAGCAACAAGUCUUUUGAGAAGUUUCCCAUUCAUAAUUUUUCUUAUUUAAAUCCAAUGCUGUGAUCUUUGCAAGUUCAGUGGUCAUCGGUAGCUUAUCAAACUUGCACAUGUUCGGUUCCGAAAUUAAAAAUUUAGUCUUUUUUUAGAGCUUAUAGUUAUGCGCCAACGCCGUCGCUGCUGCUGCUCUCAAAUUAUUUAUUAAUAAUUUAUUUUAUUAUUAAUAAAAAUAAAUUAAUAAAUAAAAAGAAUCUUAAGAUACAGUUCAGUAUAUAAACGGGUACCUGUUUUAUUUAUUGCAUUGAGCCGUUUCUGGUUUUGACUUUGAGUGCGUUUGGUUCGGUACAGUUUUUGGAUUUAUUUUUAUACUUUUUUGAAUUGCGUUAAUAAGGCAAAAAUGUGGCUAAAGAAUACUUUCUGGGCGUUAUUGUCGGUAUUCCUGAUGGUUCUUGGUAGCAUUGAGGUUAUGGCUGACUGGCAGUUUGAUAAACAAGAAAUCGGAUUAAGAUCCACACUGGAGGAAGGAGAAACCUGUCAAAUAAAAACCGGGGAAGCAGGGAUCUGUAAAAGACUUUCAUCCUGUGAAGUAUACUAUGAUGGAUUAAAGCGGAAAACUAUUCCAUAUAGUUUCCUUGUCCGGUGCUCAUUCAUUGAUGUAGAUGAAGUUAUUUGUUGUCCACUUAAUAAUACAAGGCCAAUAAAUCUUGAAGAACCAGUCACAGCAAUAGGAAUUUCAAGAGCCACGAGAUCACCACCUACUGAACCGCCCCGAAGGAAUGGAGGCGAACGACCUUCUCAAGCAGCUUGUCGGAGAUACAGUGGUGCUAUUCUUGGUUUCCAUAUCUUAGAUGGCCUCCCGGUGUCACCUGGUGAAUAUCCCCAUAUGGGAGGUUUGAUAGUUCCUCUUGGUGGUGGAAAUACGGUUGACAAUCGAUGUGGAUCUUCGCUGAUAUCGGAGCGAUAUGUCCUAACUGCUGCUCAUUGUGUUAAUGAUCCGCUAGCGCAGCCAACAUUUGUGCGCUUAGGUGUAGUUGUAUGGAAUGCCACAGACGAUGACAAUAGUGACGGUAUCCUUCCUGUUGAUGUUGAAAUUGAGAACAUAACAAUGCACUGGCAAUACCAAUCACACUUGCGUUACCAUGACAUAGCUCUAAUUAGACUUCGCAAGGAUGUUGAAUUGUCACCUUUCAUUCGUCCAGCCUGUCUAUACACAGAUUCUAAGGAUAUAGAUUCGUCAACUCCACUCGUAGUCAUCGGUUGGGGUGUUACAAAUGUCCAGACUCGUGUUCGGUCUGAAGUCCUUCUUCAAACUAAUGUGACAACGGUUCCGAUUAGAGAUUGUAAUGCAACACACAUAUCCUAUGGUACAUCCCGUGGCUAUCGAAAUGGCCUCAGCGAUGGACACUAUUGUGCUUACGACCCAGAACUGAGAAAAGAUUCAUGCGAAGCAGAUUCUGGUGGUCCUUUGCAAUUGGUCCGUAAUCGAGAAUCGACAAUUGUUGGAAUUGUGUCAUUUGGACUCUCAUGUGGAAGUGCCAUUCCAUCAGUGUACACAAGAGUAGCGCAUUACUUAGAUUGGAUCGAAAGUAUUGUUUGGCCAUCUUCAGUUAAAAAUCUUUACGGAUAUCUUGUGUCUGCAGUGACUAACAUAUUUCGAAUUUAUUUCGUGAGUGAGAAUUGUUUAACCGCAACGCAAGUGAGAGGCCUCAUUCAUUCAAAAACAAUGUUGUUGACCUUCGUCGUGGUGGAUAAGAAGUCUAUGUUGUGGUCUUCAACAAUGACGCUUAAAUUCCUGGUACUGAUGUUGAGUGUUUUAUUGGCCAGCGUCAACGGAUGGGAAUAUGAUGACACUGACUCGAAAACAACGUUAGAAGAAGGGGAUAAUUGCAGAACCAAAACCCGUGAACCAGGUAUUUGCAGAAGGCUUACAUCAUGUGGAGUUUAUUAUGAAGGCUUGAAACAGAAAACCAUAAAAUAUAGUUUUCUUGUUCGUUGCUCAUUCAUCGAUGCUGAAGAAGUUAUCUGUUGUCCACUUGAAGACAACCAAGUACCAGGUCCUGAAACCACAACAGGAACAUCUGUGGGUUGGGGAAAAUUUGUAGUGACUACAGAAAAAUUAUCAGCAAAAACAACUACAACUAUGAAACCGAUUGUGGUUAAUGGAAAAACCAUAACAGGUAAUGAGCCAUUUUUGGAUUUAUCGAAAUUACUAAAAAGUACAACCACAAAGAGACCGCAACAAAAUAGACUAAAUCCUGAAAAUUUUGUAAUCAAUAAUAAUGGUCGUGAUGGUCGACCAGUUCAGCAAGGUUUUAACACAGCGGGAGCAGCUCAAAACCCUUGGAUUGUAUCCGGUAAUAUAAAUAAUCAAUGGCUAAACCAAAGACCACCUCAAAAUCAGGAAAGACCAUUGAUUCAACAAAAUAAAGUACGUUUUCCGACAGAACCUACAAUAUGGAAGCAAUCCCAAAUAAUGCCAUUAGUAGUUGAUCCAGAUGUAGAGGUUUUCAAUACAAUCGACACAAACAAGGACUCAUCAUCAGCUAAGCUUGUUCAAUUUCCUGGUCAAAUGACGCUGUCGACUUCGCCAUUACAAAAUUCACCUCCAAAAGCCGAAACAAUAAUUGCCCAGCAUAAUGAUGUUUUCGAACAGUUCAAAUUCCGUCCUAGUGUUGAGGAUACAAAUGUGGUAGAGAAUACUGGAAAGGCUUGGGGCUGGUCAACUUCAAAUAAAAAUUUAAAUUCACAAAGACCUGAGGUAACAACAUCCCGAAGGACAACGUCAACCACUACGACGACGACCACUUCAGCACCGAUUCUUGCUGAUUGGAUGAUAGAUGCUUUGAAACAAGCAUCCGCUGCAACAACGACAUCAACUGCGAGGCCUUCACCAUCACUGACACCGGUGACCGUCAUUCCCUUUACAACACCGAUUGUAGUAACAAGGUCACCUCCUGUCGAAACAGUAACCAGAGGUAAUCGAGCUGAAAGACCCUCACAAGCCGCAUGUCAAACUUUCAGCGAGGUUAAUCCAGCCGGUCUAACUUUCCACAUCUUAGAUGGACUUCCUGUUGCACCCGGUGAAUUUCCUCAUAUUGGAGGUUUGAUUUUUCCACAGGGAGGUGGCACUGAUGUCGAUAAUCGAUGUGGGUCAUCAUUAAUAUCCGAGAGAUAUGUCUUGACCGCUGCUCAUUGUGUUAAUGAUCCAUUAGCGCUGCCAACAGUUGUACGGUUGGGUGUUGUUGUAUGGAAUUCCAAAGAUGAAGAUUAUCCUCCGUUGGACGCAGAAAUCGAGAAUAUAAUUGUGCACCCUGAAUACCGAUCCCACCUGCGUUACCAUGACAUCGCCCUUAUUAAGCUUCGCAAUGACGUUAAAUUUACCGCUUUCAUUCGACCAGCCUGCCUCAACUCAGAUCUGCGGGAUUUGGAUUCCAACACUCGACUCGUGGUUAUUGGUUGGGGUGUAACAAAUGUCCAGACUCGUGCCCGUUCCGAAAUUCUUCUAAUGACCAAUGUAACAACAGUUGCUCUACAGGAAUGCAAUGCCACCCACAUUGCAUACGGUACGUCCCGAUCCUAUCGAAGUGGACUUAAUGAAGGACACUUAUGUGCAUACGAUCCGGAAUUGAAAAAGGAUGCAUGUCAAUCGGAUUCUGGUGGUCCAUUGCAAUUGGUUCGUAACAAGCAAUCGACUAUUGUUGGAAUUGUGUCAUUUGGACUGUCAUGUGGAAGUUCUGUUCCGUCGGUUUAUACAAGAGUGGCCUUCUACCUGGACUGGAUUGAAAGUAUUGUUUGGCCAUCGUAAUUCAGUGUCAAUUGUUUGCAAAUAAAUGUGUAAACUACAGUCAAACCUUCUUA